UCUCUCUCUCUCUCUCUCUCUCUCUCUCUCUUUCUCUCUCUCAAAAUCCUAAUUUUUAUUAGUAAGGAAUGGAUGCUCGAUUAAGAAAGCAUGGUCUAGCAAGUACUGAAGAUCAGGAUAUGGGCACGAGGAAGGGACCAUGGACAGUUGAAGAAGACUCCUUGCUUGCUCAUUACAUUACCAACCAUGGUGAAGGUCACUGGAAUACUGCUGCUCGCUGUGCAGGGCUGAAGCGGACAGGUAAAAGCUGCAGAUUAAGAUGGUUAAACUACUUGCGCCCAAAUGUUAGACGUGGGAAUAUAACCCUUCAAGAGCAGCUCCUGAUUCUUCAACUCCAUUCUCACUGGGGCAACAGGUGGUCGAAAAUAGCACAGCAGUUACCAGGGAGAACGGACAACGAGAUAAAAAACUACUGGAGAACCAGAGUCCAGAAGCAGGCAAAGCAGCUUAAAUGUGAUGUUAAUAGCAAACAAUUUCGAGACACCAUGCGUUAUGCUUGGAUACCCCGGCUAAUUGAAAGGAUCCAUGCUGAAUCCGAAUCUCCAGUGGAUCAACCCAUCAUCAGCACUCCCACUUACCAUUCCAGCCAGAUUGACAUCCCCGCUGCUGCAAGUGAAUCCGGGUCGGAUUUGAUAGGCCCGAAUUUCAUGCCCGAUAUAUCGGGUAGCUGUACUUACUCAGACUCUUUGGAUGCCCAGGUUUCUUCCGGGUCGGACCUGACAAAUUCUCAAAACCCACCCUGUAGUCACUAUAUGCAAAACGGGGCAUGCUCAUACCCGGAAAAUGAUUCGCUGUCAUGGGAUUGGGACCAGCAUAGAGUGGAUAUGCAAGGCAUGGAGCGAGGAAGAUAUGAUUUAACAGGUGGCGGUGACUCCAUGGAGAAUUUGUGGAGUGAAGAGAAUAUCUGGUUCUUGCAUCAUCAGCUAAUGUGAUCAUCGUGAUUGACACAUGGAGGCUUAGGACUUGUGAAUCAAUCCGUUUAAUUACGUGACGCAUCAAGGCAUUCAACAUUUUGCGAUUCUACAUGCGAUCAAAGGUCUCAAUAUUAAUUUAUGUAAAUUUCAUAUGGCAUGGUGUGUGUGCAUAGGCGGACGUAACAAAAUCAAUAAAGUGCUUCGAUUAUAUAUA